AUGUCUUGGUAUGGCCAAAUCCACGUAGCUGUGCGGGAAUUGGUUUUGGAGAAAUUCGGAGAGGACAACUGGAAGCGAAUACUGCAGAAGGCAGACCUGGACGAUAAUGAACAUUUUAUGGUGUUUCAUCGCUACACCGACUCUGUAACCUUCAAAUUAAUUGGAGCUGUUUCAGAAAUUCUAGGUGUACCCGUGACAGGUGUGUUAGAAGUUUUUGGAGAAUAUUUCUUUCAAUAUUGUCUCAAACACGGUUACGACAAGAUGUUGAAAUCCCUUGGAGAAGAUUUGACAAGUUUUGUACAGAAUCUCGAUUCGCUACACUCCAUGCUGGCAAUGAGCUACAAAAAUAUAGAGGCCCCUUCAUUCAGAUGCGAGACAAAUGAGGACGGCACCUUAAUUUUGCAUUAUUACACUGUCAGACCCGGACUAUAUCCUAUCGUCAUAGGUCUUGUGAGAGCAGUGGGAAGAGACCUAUUCAACACCAACGCCAUUUUGGAAGUUAUCAAUAUUUCAUCACAGCAGUUGACAGAAAAAGAUGUACAAGAACACGUUUCGUUCAAAGUGACUUUAGUAGACAAGAACAAAAAUACAUCGAAAUCAGCCAAAGUUGUGUACCAACACAGUGGGGAAAUGAAGGUGUAUAGCCGUGAUGCAUUCACCCCAACCAUUCCUUCAAAUCUGCAGAUUUCCGCUAAAAACUUUUGCCUUGUGUUUCCAUAUCAUGUGAUAUUUGACAAAGACUUAUCAGUCAAACAGUCAGGGAUCAUGAUUCAAAAACUGUGCCCAACUCUUUCAGAGGAAAACACAUUUAUGGAAAAAUGUUUCAACCUCGUUCAUCCAAGAAUGAAGUUUACAUUCUCUAACAUUCUCACGUUCAUCAAUGCAAAUUUCGUGUUAGAAAUAAAACUUAAGGGACUUGCCAACGAUUCAUCAAUAAAAGUAAAAGGCCAAAUGGUGUGGUUAGAAGAUGUAGAUCACAUGAUCUACAUAUGUUCUCCGCGACUGGCUAGUCUUACUGAGCUGAUGGAGAAGAACGUAUUUCUAUCCGACAUACCUAUAUACGACGUUACACGUGAGCUCGUGUUACUUAACCAGCAGAGGAUUGCUGAGAUUGAAAUAAGCAAAAAACUAGAUGAAACCACGGCUGAAUUGCGGAAGACCUCCCGGGCACUAGAGGCGGAGAAACAGAAAACAGAUAUGUUGCUCUAUCAGAUGUUACCGGUAAAAGCCGCCGACCAGCUCAGAGAAGGAAAACCUGUCGAAGCAGAAAAAUUUGAAGACGUAACGAUCUUAUUCAGUGACAUAGUGACGUUUACAAACAUCGCCGCCGCCUGUGCCCCUCUGCAGAUCGUGAGCAUGUUAAACUCGCUCUACCACAGAUUCGACUCUCUGACAAACACCCACGAUGUGUAUAAGGUGGAAACUAUUGGCGACGCAUACAUGGUGGUGAGUGGAGCUCCGGAAAUAUCCGAGACACAUGCUCAGAAGGUGUCAAAUUUUGCUAUGGACAUGGUAGAAGACGCGGCAAAUGUGUCUUCACCCGCUACAGGGCUACCUAUUCAGAUCCGAGUAGGCAUUCACACCGGACCUAUCGUGGCUGGUGUUGUUGGGCUAAAGAUGCCACGCUACUGUCUCUUUGGUGACACAGUGAACACAGCGUCCAGAAUGGAGAGCCAUGGAGUGCCAGGCAGAAUACACGUCAGUCCAUUCACGUACAACAAAAUACAGGGCGGCAAUUACUUGUUUCGCACGAGGGGAGACACAGAAAUCAAAGGGAAAGGUACAAUGCAUACCUACUUUCUGAUCGGACGCAACGACCGACACAUGAAGGAGCCUGAUGACGAAUUCACUGAUGAGGGCGACUAUCCGACAAUCAAAGUCUCGCAUUCAGGAGAAAAUGCCACCACGGCCGAAGAGGAGCUCACGCGGAGUUCCUCAUUGACUACACAGUCUCCCACUAUCAAAAUCCCGGAUGUAACUUCUGAUAAACCAAUAACCAGCACAACAUGUAUAGUUUUGUAA